AUGAAAAGGGAAGCGGCGGCGAGAGUGACCGGUGUCAACUGGGAACUCGAAAGUUGGGCGACGACAGACGAGAAAACGAGGUCGAGGACGAAGGCGAGCUGGGCUUCCCGCCGCCUGCUGGCUUGUUCGUCGCCGGAGAUGAGAUCUACAGCCACUACGGCAAUGAUGGAGGAGACGCCAAAGAGAAUACGACCCAAGGCGGAGGAGACCGACAAUGCCUCUUCUACCUCAUGUGAACUGACAACCUCCAGGGCAGUGGAGCCGAAGAGGAUUUUCGCUGAAUCGAGCUCUUCUUGCAGGCAUCAGGUAGAUAGUUGGCCACCCGAGGAGGAGUCGCCGGGGUCGGAGGGUGAGGAGUUGGCGGUAGAUGAAAGGAAGGAAGGGCAACGGCGUCUCCGAUGCUUGAUGAGCAGCUCACCGGUGAAAGAAGAGAAGUUGGACAGCCGAUGGACGACGGCUUCGACUACAAUGAAGAUUGUCGAGAGGAUAAGACCGUUGGCGGAGGCGAGCAGGUCUUCUGACCUCCUGCUGUUCAGCUCGUCGCCGAAGGAGCUGCCAGGAAGGAGCGAGAAGGAGAAGGGCGGCGACAGUACCACUCUUUCACGAGAGAUGCUGCAUCUUUUCUCCUCCCACGAAGCACAUUUCCAGCAUAGGGUAAUGGACCAAAGGGUUGCAAGAGCAAGUGUUGAUGGGACAAUUGUAGUGGGUCAGGUGUUAUGGAUGGGUCAUCCAAGCCUCGGUCAGCAGUAUGAGGUGGAUGCGUAG